UUGAGGAGACCCAUGAUCUUAUGGAAAGCAUAGAAGCGACCCAUAUGGCCUUGCUGCGGGCCAUUCGGUUGAAAAAUAGAAUUGAAACUUUAGUGUUUGCCUAUUACCUCGGCAUGUUGAUUGUAACUGCUACUCCACUUCAAAAAGGAGCCAUCCGAAGACAA